GAGGGUCCCAGAAAGCAGAGACAGAGAGCCUCCGUUGGAGCGUGAACACCAAGCUCUGAAGUUGAAGUGAUGUGGUGUACUCGGGAAAGCAAUCAAAGCUCAGAAAAUUUAAACUAAAUAGAGUGAGUGUCAGUGAACUGCGAACGUGCACUAUUGUUAUUGUUGUAUUUGAAGCACGGAUCUGGAUCCGCUGGAACAAGCACACAACACAGCAUAAGGAAAGGGGACACUACUUCUACUACAGUACCACUCUCGCGCUUGAAGGAGGGAAGGAAGGAAGGGUCUACAUAGAGUAAGUGGGGGCAUGGUGAUUGAAGCCAAUAUAAUAAUUGAGACUUGAGAGAGAUAAAACUAAACUAAAGGGCAAAAUGAGAAAUAUUUGAGCUCUCAACUUCAUUGCCCAUUCUUGCCCAGAACCCCAUAAAACACCCAAGGAAAUUGAUGCUGCUUAUAAGCAAGGCGGUGGUUUGGCUUUUCUAGUAACUUUGACUCACUGACUUCAAACACAGUAACCAAGCCUCUUCCUUCAUGGGAAUAUGAGAAUGAAACUAAAUUCACCGUGCCACCACUCAUAUCAAUUUGGUAGGUAGGGCUUGUGUGUGGUUGAGAAAGAAGCUUUACUUGUAAAAGGAGUGAGAAAGAUGACCACUAGAGAAUAGAGAGACUCAACAAUAUAGUCAUAGGCUAGUCUGUUGUGGAAUCAUGUAACUAGCAAUCUCUUUUGUUCAAACAUGGAUAGUUACGAAGCUACAAGAGUUGUGUUUUCAAGGAUCCAAAACUUGGACCCUGAGAAUGCUUCCAAAAUCAUGGGUUUACUUCUGCUUCAAGACCAUGGUGAGAAAGAAUUGAUUAGAUUAGCAUUUGGUCCAGAAGCACUUGUUCACUCUGUGAUUCUCAAAGCCCGCAAGGAGUUGGGUUUACCUUCCAACUCUCCGCACACAACCUCCACUCUUCCUUCUCCUUCACCAUACCUUUCUAAGCAAAACUCAACUUCUUCAAGGCUCAGUGCCCUCACUAUCCCAAACCCUUCUGCUUCAUGGCCUACUAUGUCUGAACUUCAAACCCCAGAUGAUUUGGUUGCUGGCUCUUUAACUUCUUCAUCUUCCUUACCCUACUAUGCAAACGGAGGCUCAGAUCCAGUUGAUGAGUUCCAACUUCAAGACCAGCUUGCUUUCCUGAAUGAUGGUUCUAAUACUAGCACUUCUCACAAGAACAACAACCCAGAUUUGUUUUACCCUAAUAAUAACUCAGACUUGUCUUCAAGUCCUACUACUGCUGCUGACCCUACACUCUUUCCUUCCGACGGUUGGGGAGGGUCUCUCCACCGGAGGAGUUGCUCAGUCAGUGAUGCUUGUUUGGGCUCUGAGGACCCUAAUUCCGGUUUGGGAUGGAAGCCUUGUCUUUACUUUGCUAGAGGGUACUGUAAAAAUGGGACUAGUUGCAGGUUCCUUCAUGGUGGACUUGGAGAUGCUGAUGUUGGUGGUGCUGCUGCUGCAAUGGUUGGCUCUCCCAGCAAGAUUGAGAUGAUGGAGCAGUGCCAUGAGCUCUUAAGAUCCAAAUCUUUUCAGCAACAAAGAUUGGCUGCUGCUUCUCAACUCAUGGCCUCUUCCAUUUUUCCGUACUCCCCAAAGAGCAUGAAUUUCCUGUUGCAGCAGCAACAGAAUGAUACUCAAAGAGCGGCAGCUGCAGCUCUGAUGAUGAGUGAGGAUUUGCAUAAAUUUGGACGAUCAAGGCUUGAAAGAAAUGAUUUUUCUUUGAACAGUCCUGUUAUGGUAAACCCAGCUUCCAGGCAGAUCUACUUGACUUUCCCAGCAGAUAGCACUUUCAGAGAGGAAGAUGUUUCAAACUACUUCAGCAUUUAUGGCCCAGUGCAAGACGUGAGGAUCCCAUACCAGCAGAAGCGAAUGUUUGGCUUUGUUACCUUUGUUUAUCCAGAGACUGUGAAGCUUAUUCUAUCCAAAGGAAAUCCUCAUUUUGUGUGUGAUGCUCGAGUGCUUGUUAAGCCUUACAAGGAGAAGGGCAAAGUCCCAGACAAGUACAGGAAGCAGCAGCAGCAGGUAGAUAGAGGAGAUUUUUCACCAUGUGGUACUCCUACUGGAUUGGAUGCUAGAGACCAAUUUGAUCUUCAACUUGGUGGCAGAAUGCUCUACAAUACUCAAGACAUGCUGUGGAGGAGGAAGCUGGAGGAGCAAGCUGAUUUGCAGCAAGCUCUUGAGCUGCAAAGUAGGAGGCUAAUGGGUCUGCAACUUCUUGACAUCAAGAAGCAUCACCAGCGUGCACUCUCCACUGGAAGCCCAAUUCCUUCCCCCACUCACUCUCCUAACAUGUUCAACCAAAAUAUUGUUCCUUCUUUUCACAUCAAUUCAGAAUCCCCAAAGGAGAGUGGUUCAACUUCUGCUCCAGCUAGUACUGCAUCAGUUUCUGCUGGUCAACAGCCGGUCAACAUUUCUGUUGGCAAGGAAGUGGUUGUCAAUGGCGAGAAUGGAUAUAAGGAAGGCAAUGGCAAGCAGAGCUCUAGUCAUGACGAUUGUGAUUUGCAAGAAUGUUUGGAGCAUAAUCUCCCUGAUAGCCCUUUUGCUUCCCCAACAAAAGCUGCUGUUCCUGGAGACUUCAUGGCUCCCUUCUCCAAUGGACCCAAUGUAGCCAUUGAUACUGAUGCCUCAGCUGCAUCUGUCAACUUCAAAUUUGGCACUAGCACAUUGCUUCCUGCAGCAUCCCCUCUUGACAUGGGAACUUUCAAAUCCUAUAACUGCCAAAUACCAAGGUUCUCUUCUGGUCAUGGAACUAUUGGGAUGUUCACUGGCACCGGUGGACCGAUUGGCAUUUAGUUUCAAGAGUUCAGGAAGUGAAAGAUGACUAAACAAUGCUGGACAGAUUUGUAAAGAAUCACCACCGCCGCCACUAUGACCACCAUCACCAUCACCAUCAAUCACCAAUACUAUACUAUUUACUACCAUACAAAAUGCAUACGGAAAAAGCAGUUGUGUAAAGGAAGUGGGGUAGGCAUUCUCCCUUCUUUUGUUAGCAUUAUUAUUGUUGUACCAUUUUCUUUCUUCUCAUAUCCGUGGUAGCUGAAUGAACCACAAGUUAAAAUAACACACAGAUCACCAGAGUUAAUGUGUAGUAGGAACUCCCUGGCAUUGUAAUUUCAUUUCCUACCCUGGAUAUGUGGUAGUGUAGAUUGUUAGUCCUAUGUUGUUACAGUUACAGGUAUAAUUUCAAGUCUUUGUACAGCUGGAGGAUUACCCAGAGAAAGCAUGCACAGAUGAAAUGGUAUAACCGUAGUUGCAGAGUUGUAUAACUACAAGGCUGAUUCAAAUCCUCCGUAAUGGAUAACUUGAGUUUAAAGGCCAGAAGUGAGGAGGGGAGGGAGGGUAUAAUUGUUAAUCUUAGCUGGAUUAAAGUUCGAAAGUGAAGAUAUUUAGCUUGGAUUUUAUGUUUCAUUAGUUAAGUUUGUACUUCUACUUAGUUGUUAUACACAGUUAUCAACCCAGACAGAAAAGAGAAACAAUAAUUAGAAACAAGAAUCAAAAGUGAGUUUUUAGACUAACUGGUCUAUUUGCGUCUCCUCCUCUUGUGUGCUUUUUGGUUUUAAAGGAUAAAUUGUCUCAUUGUUGCUGCAA